AACAUUUUGUUGUUGUUUGGUGUGUGCCCCCUUUUUAUCUUCGAUACCGGUGAGUGAGCAGAUGUAAGUCAAAGUGGCAGACACGGGACACGGGAACGCCAGCCGCCUAGCAGCCUGGAACCUCAGUACAUUUGAGUUCGAGGACCCGCACAGUUUACUUUUAAGUCCGACCUAAGAUACGUAUGCACUCCCAUCUCAGCAUUAAUGUAAUUAAUUAAAAUCGGAUUUCUAACUACAUUUUCGCAUUGAUUGCACAACUAAUCUGCUUGAGAAUGUCGCGGCAUAACUACACCAAUCCGGCGUUUUGCCAAAAAAGUGAAUUUUAUAACAAUAGUUCUAGCGGCCGAAGUCAGUGCAUUGAACAGGAACGCGAUAAUAGUGUGCGAAUUCAGCGAAGUGAAUCGACGCGAUCAUUUCAUGCUGCAACUAGAAAAGGGAGUGGCCUUCCAACCACAGGACGGCAGCAAGUGCGGGCUAAUUACAGUCAGACUCCUCCAAAGCCGGGUCCUAAACCCCACAGUGCGAAAAAUGAACAGUUUGGAAACCGAACGGGUAGUGGUCGAUAUGCCCUGGUUCCGGUUGAAGAAUUACCAUCCUCUAACAAAGGACGUUACGCUAUUAUACCAGAGAGCGAACGCAACCUCCUGCAGCGUUUUAGUAAAAGCCAAGACUUUUUGAACCGAUACGAUCAUUUGCCUGUUGAGGAUAACGACCGAGCUACUUCGUUCGAUGAACAAUCGGAUACGUGCAUGAGCCUUCCGCCCAUUACAUCAAACUACGAAGGUGGAAAAAUGAAAUCUGCCUUUUCCAGUGACUUCGGUAGUAACUAUUUCGUUUUGGUUGAUCAAAAGAGCAAUCAACGGUAUACAGUCGUCCCUACAGCCGAGGACGAGGAAAUCGUGGACAAUCAUGAGAUCAUCCAGAUGCAUAAUGGACGUGCCCAUCGGUAUGCAGUCAUCCCCAACGACGAAGAAGAAACCUGCCUGAGUAAUCCAGACAUCGGCCCAACAAAUAACAGCUACGCUACUAUAAACGACUCUCCCCGCCAACCUCCGCCGUAUUCAUCGACACCACGAAAAAUGGCUGCUCCAUCACGUUCACAAACUGGGACACCUCUAAAGAACCCAAUUGCUACUCAAAAACUUCACGAUAUCUUAUCUACCCCUCGAAAACAGUCAUUACAGCGUAGCCAAAGUACACCUCGAAUUGCAUCGCGCAGGUAUCAGAGUACGCAGGUACUUUCGACCCCACCUAAGCAUGAAUUCACGCCACAGCGCCUACAGUACGAAACAAAACAGGCGUAUUUGGAAGCAAGGACAACAGCCGUUAUCACCCCACGUGUGGCAAAGACACAAUGCCGCGAAGAAGACAACUACAGUGUGGAUAAAUCGUGGAACAAUACAAGUCAUCAGAAGAUCGCUAAUGCUACAGCUACUAUUGCAGUGGUUUCGCUCAUGUUGAUCCUCGCCGGAGUAAUGAAUUCAGGAUUAUCCUUGUAUAUAAUAUCGAACCUUGGACGGUCGUACUACUUAGAAAUUGGCGUUAUAUCAGGAUUUGCUGCAGCAGCGCUGGGAUUUCAAGGAUUUAAGUCCAGACAUUGUGACUGGCUUCCCAAUCGUAACUACAGCUCAGGAUACAUUCUGCUCACCGUCUUCUCCCUGCUUCAGUGUUGCGCCCUGCUCGUAUUGAUGGCCAUUCAUCCCGAUCCAGGAACCCCCAUGCACGACGUUACAAAUGGUGUGAUUUUAGGAUUAUCCUCGCUUACGUUGCUUCUCAUCAGUUUAGGUGUAAUUGCAUCAAGAUGGUGUCAUUCGCCCCCGCCAGACAAUCGUGUAGAUGUAUAUUAAAAUUUGUUAUACUUAGUUUAAGAAAUUAUGUAAUUUAUGACUGUCAGUUUUAAGAUGGUGCUUUUGUAUUAAACAAAGACCGGAAAACUAUUUGUUCAGAGCAAUUACCAAAGCAACCUUGAAGAUUUUCGUUGAUAUUGGUUAAUCAUGUUGUGAAAAUGAUAUGAUUCGAAAUUCAUAAUUGAACGGAAGUUUUUAAAAUUAGCAGAUAAUUAUUUGUAGUUUAAAUAUAAACAGGGUGUCUUUCGAGUCAAAUUAGAGGUCUAAACUAUUUCAUUCAUUAGAGAACGUUGAAACGUUAAUUUUGAAAUGAUAUUUGAAUUUCAACCAAUUUUGUAUUCUAUAUGAUUAUCUAAGAAUUGUUUAUAUUUUGUAAAUAAAUCUUUGAAAA